AUGAUAGCAGUUGCAAUUUUUGCUGCGCUUUUCAUCAAUAAAACUAUAGCAUUAAGCUUCUCAAGGCUACCUUCAACUGAUUCACCUCCUAGUAACAGGCAAUAUUUAUGUGGAGAUUACUAUAGUAGCGAUAAAUCCAUUAUUCUAUUCGGAGGAAAUCAAGGGAUUUCUUCUACUUUUAACAGUGUAUGGCAAUAUAACUUAACCUCAAACUUAUGGCAAAAGCUCGUGCCGAUUUCUUCACAAGCCCCACGUAAUUUAUAAAUAGUUGCAAGAUAUACUCAUGGGUGCUGAGUUGAUGAUACUAACUCAAAGCUAUAUAUAUUUGGAGGAAAUUCUGAUAAUGGGCCGCAAAAUGAUAUGUGGGUUUAUGAUUUGAGCAGCUUGCAGUGGACGCAAGUGCUUCAGAAAGGAUCUGUGCCUGCUUCAAGAUUCAGGUUUGGCUAUUCAAAGUAUAUAGAUAGCAAUGGGAAAUUGAAACUUAUUUUAUUUGGUGGAACUUUAUCUACUGGAUACUCAAGCUCACUUUAUAUGUAAAAAUUAUUUAGCUUUGAUGUCGAAACUACCUAUUGAACGAAGAUGACGAACACAACUUCAUUAGUUCCUAACAAGCUUAAUGGUCCAUUAGUUCAAUAUUAUGAUGGGUAUGUUUAUGUUUUUGGUGGAGAUAUCACCGGAAAUAAAGAACUCGGCAUAGACUCAGCGAAUACUGACACUCUUCGCUACAGCUUAGCAUCAAGCGCGUGAACAAAUAUAACAAACAUUAAUCACAAAUAUGAGUACCGAUACUUUUCAGGAAGUGUUGUCUACAAUAAGGCUGCAUAUUUAUUAUAUGGGUGGUCAGACAAUACAAGCCAAGAUAUAAAAAAUAUUAUGAAGCUAGAUUUCACAGAUCCAGAUUUUAAAUGAGCAGAAGUAACAGUUUCCUAUAGCUCUGGCGGACUAGAUCGAAUUCCCAGAGACUCGUUCGCCUAUGUUCUUGCAGAUUCAGCAUUUUAUAUUUUUGGUGGAUACAGCAGUAACGAAGGAAUAAUGAAUGAUUUAGUUAAGUUUGACCUCACCCAAAAUCCUGUCACUUAUACAAUUUUGAGCGAUUUAUAUACAGGCCCAGAUUCUCGAGAAAGCCACUCGCUUUGCGUGAUGGAUGGACUUUUAUAUUUAUUUGGAGGAACUAAUGGGAAUAGCUUUGUGAAUGACUUGUGGGUCUAUGAUCCAGAUACUGAUUUAUGGGAGUCAGUCAAGGCAGAAGGUACAACGCCUUCAGCAAGAUCUGGUCAUGCGGCAAGUUCCCAAGGAGAUGUCAUGAUUAUUUUUGGAGGAAAAGAUGACUCAGGAUAUUUAAAUGACAUGUAUCAGUUCAACACUUUGUCUAAUCAAUGACAAGAAGUCAACCCUACAUCAAGUUCUAGCCCAAGCGCAAGGACGGGGGCAUGUAUGCAGAUUUAUAUGCCUUAUAUUAUUAUUUUUGGAGGAAAAACUAGUGCAGGACUCUCAAGAGAAGUAUGAAGCUAUGAUAGUGGGACGAAUGAGUAUACUUUGCUUUAUGAUGGGACUGGAGAUGAAGGGCCAACCCCAGUAAUUGGACCAGCAUGUGAGCUGCAGCUGGAUGACUAUGGGAAUAUGAAUUUAAUUACUAUGUAUGGGACUGCUGAUGGAGAAGUUCCACUAGGUGACGUCGAUUUGUUUAAUUUGACGUCUCAAAAAUGGACAAAGCUGUAUACCACAAAUGGAGCAACACCGUUGACUAACAGAGCUCAAGCCAUUAUUAAGAAGAUGAAUUCAACGAUCGUCGUUAUGGGUGGAGAGCAAUGGUCUACUGAUGUAUUCAAUGAUCUUUAUAUUUUAAACCUCAAUACAAGCACAACUACAACUAUUUCAAGCCUUCCUGAUUACUACUAUAAUGCUGCUUUUGCAUACUAUAAAACUAUACUUUACAUACAUGGAGGUGGAGCUGUUUAUGGGCAAGCAAUGAGAACUUCAGUGACAAAAUCAAGCUUCUUAGAAGUUGAUCUGAAAUGUCCUAAUAUGAGACCUUGCCCGUAUACUUGCAGUCCAGGAACUUACUUGAAUAGUACUUCAUGUGUAGAAUGCCCUAAAGGCAGCUACUCUGAGAAUUAUGGCGUAGAUUCUUGCACCAAGUGCCCAAAAGGAAGCUUCAAUCCCUUAAAUGGAGCAAAUACAGUUAGGCAAUGCUAUCCUUGCAGCCAAAAUUCUUUCAACAACGAAGAAGGAGCUUCUUCUUGCAAAAAUUGUCCAGCCGGGAAAACUUGUCCUGUAGGCAGUACAAAGCCCUUACUCUCCUGUUUGCGAAACCAUUGGAAAAAUCCCGAUUUUUAGGCAAAAACCACCCUCCGUGGGCGAAGAGAAAAUAUUUUGAUAUAUAAGUGACGAUUAUUAUAAUGAAAUCUCUAGCCAAUUCUGUUUAGUUUUAAUUAGUUUACAUUUUAAAGCAUAAAUUUUACAAAUUUUAGAUUAAUAUUUGCUUCAAAAUUAUUUCAAAUUGAUUUUUUUAAAUUUUAAAAAAAAAAACUAUUAUAAAUUUAUAUUAAUUUUUUUAAAAAAAUAAUUACUCCUUCUUGUGUGAACAAAAUUUUUAUUCCUCAUAGAAGGGGGAGUUAGAUGAUUCAGUUGAAAUCUCUUCUUCUUCAAUUCAGCCAAAGCUUUACUCAAAAUCAGAUGGUGAUGCCCAAAAUGCUAUAGAUUAUAUGGUCAUUACAAUCAUGAUCAUUACAUUUUUUGUACUUGUUUCCAUUUAUUUUUUUAGAGGUAUCAGGCUUUACUUGCAGAAAAUUGAUCUUUAUUCUGAUAAGCACAACUACAUUCUAGAUGCCCCAAUGAAACUUAUGAAAACACGUAUGGGAGGCUUGUUCAGUAUCUUUUUUAUUAUCCUUGCUAUCAUCUUAAUAGCUUCUGAUAUAAUCACUUUUGAAAUGGCCAAUAUAGAAGAAACAAAAGCGUUGGUGCCUUUGGUGACUUUGCAAAACGAAAUUUCAGUCUUUACAGGCUAUAUACGCGUUUAUGCCACUUUUUUUAGAUAUGGAGGAGAGUGUGUAACUGAGAAAAACACAUGCCAGGAAUCAAUAUCAUAUAAUCUUUAUUAUAUAACCUAUGAUAAGCUCCAAGUCAACUGCACAAAAAGCUCAGAAAAUGACUGCACGAUUUCAUUAGCAUGCUCUAAUUGUGUAGUUGAGACUGGGGCAUAUAUACAGUAUAACCUAUUAGAAGUGUCGAGCUAUACGUCAGCUAUUAGUGUAAAUGUAACAUCAACAUCGUCUAUUCCUAAUGAAUUAAGCAGCAUUAAUGAAGUAUUGGUACCUAAUGAUAUAGAAAAUUCCUGGGAUAGCGCGGAAUACGCUAUCCCCAGGACCAACCGGGAUCAGAUCCCACAUGGAACGAGGUUCCAUGUGUGGAUCCAUUUUUGAGACGUGAAAGUAAAUAUCUCACAUGUCAAAAAUGGAUCCACACAUGGAACCCCCGUUCCAUGUGUGGAUCCGAUCCCGGUUGGUCCUGGGGAUAGCGUAUUCCGCGCUAUCCCCAGGAAUUUAGUAUAACUCAGUUUUUAGAGGAUAUAACCCCACACAAUUCUUUUAUACCAUGACUCCUUCAUAUUUUAGGUCGUAUGUUUCGGAUUGGACUGAUAAAGUGACUGGCUAUCAUGUGUCUGUUGCUUCUUCACCUGUAGGAGGAUCUCAAUAUACGAUCACAGAGUAAUUUUUAUAUAGGCUUCCUUUUACUUCUGAUUUAAAGCUGCAAGUGUAUCUUGCUAAAAGUGAUACAAGUUUAUACACUACAAGGGCAGCGAAACAAACUGUCAUUAUCCUAAUAAGCACGCUGUUGGGGUCUGUUUUUGGAGUUAUGAGUGCUAUUGGAGGAGUCAUGAGAAUUACAGAAAAGUCCUGGAAUUAUACAGACACAACGGUAAAGCACAAGAAAGCUAAAAAAGGGCUUUCUAAUAAUAGAAAUAACUAUAAAAACAUGCUGAAAGAUGACCAGGAAUUGAAAGAUUUUAAAUAUGACGAAAUCGAGCCAAAUACUUCAAGAGGUGAGUGGGUUCCAAAAGAGGAUAACUAA